AUUUUCCAGACACAGCCAAAAAAUGUCGACCAACACACUCCCCUGCUUGUCUCGUAGACUCAAAGCCCUUGUAAUAUCGAUCAGUCACGCUGAAAGACAGGGACAACCAAACGCAUGUCUUUGCUAUCCUAUGUGGCAAUUCAUUCUGGACCAAUUACAGUUACCCCAUCAUGGGUCAUCUCUUCCUGACAUUCAAUGUCAUAGAUCGCACUCCAACACUGCCAGUGAAUGGAUACCGCACGAUGAUUCGUAUUUGAACAUGUUCAACACACCAACGGACACUGUGGAGGCUCCUGUCUCUGCAUGGGAUGCAGGAUCGCCCAUCGUUAGCUAUGGUCCAUCUCCUAUGCCCGAUUUCGUUCAUCACCAGCAUCCCCUUCCAAUCAUCCCUCUUGGUCCAGACAACGGAACGAAUCUACUUUAUCAUAGUGAGCUCGACCAUAUGGAGGGUUUCAACCUCGACUCGUCGCCUUUGCCCGUUUUUUACGAUGGCUUUCCUCCCGAUCCCAAUAUGACCCACUCUGUGGAUUAUGUUUCACCCCAGAUAUGGGACCCCCAUGCUCUCCCGCAGUCAUCCGACACUUCAUCUUCUAACAGGAGUGUAACUUGUGAUUAUUCAUGGGCGAACGAGCAAUCCUACAAUUAUUCUGGCAGACCCUUAUCCCACGACAUCCAACCUCACGCGCAGAACUCUAACAAUGUCUAUCUACCUAAUUUUUGUGAUGGGGCUGAUCUUCCUUCGCCUACAUCGACAUUGUCGGAGUUUUCGUCGUUGGUGGACGAUUUUUUUGAAGACCGUUCAUGCCGCUGGGGUGGAUCAUGCAGUUCACUUCUGACUGUCGACAAGUCAGAAGUGGCGAAGCACCUCCAAACGAAUCACGGUGUCAAACCUGGCGGUGACAAAGAUAAAAUGCCGUGCAGCUGGGACGGCUGCGACAGGGUCAUGAAGAAGGAGAGCAUAUCGCGGCACAUAGUCGCGGUGCAUUUGAGCGACAAAACAGAGUGCACUAGUUGUGGAAAGCAGUUUGCUCGAUUGGAUUCCAAGCUGCGUCAUUUGAAGAACUCAAAACGAGAGUGCAGAGAACCCGAAUCUCAUGAUAGUCGCGUCAAACGCCGUCGCUUGUCGUUGCCAUGAUUUUACUGUCAGACGUUCCUGCAGUAGGAUAAUUCUGCCAUGUAUAUGUUCGUUUGUGUUUUUGUCACUCUAACUAUAUAAAUUUACUGUAAUUCUGCGUCGAGUUCGACGGCGGACUGACAGAUCGCCAAUGAAGAGAUAUGAGUGAGGGGG